AUGGCAUUGUUGCUUCUACUUGUGAUGCUGACAGCAUGUGCUGCUCUUCCUCGAGAUAUGUCAGAUAAAAUGUUCACCUUCCCACAAGAGACCAACUCAGCUCAUGUCAGGCUGACUACGUCAAGACAGAAUCUGAAUGCUGUGACUGUCUGUCUAAGAACCUUUACAGACCUCAGUAGAGAUCAUUCCCCUUUCUCUUUGGCUACACCCACUACAUACAAUGACUUCUUAAUCUACAUAGAUGCAAGUAAUCGGUUUCCAUUAACUGUCAAGAAUAAAGUUGGCAUUAUCAGAGAGCUGGACUACAAGCCAAAUACUUGGCACUCGAUUUGUGCCACAUGGGACUCCAUAUCAGGCCUGGGGCAAAUUUGGUUGGAUGGAAGGCCCUCGAGUAGGAAGUUCAUCCACUCUGGAUCAAGCAUCAGCGGGCCUAUUAUCAUUGUUUUGGGACAGGAUCAGGAUACUCAUGGUGGAGGUUUUGACAUCAAUCAGUCAUUUGUUGGAAUGAUGUCUGAUGUCCACAUGUGGGACUUCGUCCUUUCUCCUUGUCAGAUCCAGCGCUACAGUCGGGACUUAAACAUCACUGCAGGGAAUGUGCUCAACUGGAGGGCGCUGUCAUUCCAGACCAUAGGAAGAGUUCUGAUUGAGGAUAAACAAAGACGCUGUUUCUGA